AUGCAUGUCGCCUCGGAGAACGCUCACUUGAUGUGGAACCCUGAUGAUCCUUCAACAUACCUGAUUCGCAGCUCAAUGCACCAUUUUCGCCCCCAUCAACCAAACUGGGGGUUUAGAAAAUUCUCUCUUAUGACAGAUCUGGCGCAACGCCUUGGAUACAGCAGCCAUUCGUCCAUUCCGGAGAUUGGGAUAGUCAAUCUAACCGUUUAUCUACGGACCCCACGAGUACAGGAUAUUUAUCUCCAGUAUGGGAACAUGAGACAGCCGGGCAGAAUCCUAGUUGGCCUCGAAAACAAAGCCAAAACGGGCUGGUUGAACGUCCUACUACAGACCUACUACCAUAUCAAUGCCUUCAGAAGCAUGGUAUAUAAAAUUCCAACAAGCUACAAUGCGACCGCAGACAUUGUCUGGGCGCUACAACGUACUUUCCAUGCCAUGCAGAUAUCUCAAGUUCCAGUAUCAACAGAUGAGCUAAUAUCGGCAAUGGGCUGCAGAGUGGGAGAAGCACAGGAUGCUCAGGACAAAGCAUUGUUGAUUCUCUAUCUUCUCGAAAAGGGAAUGGAAGCAAGGGAGGUCGGGGGCAAUUUGAAGCGCUUAUUCGAGGGCCAGUUGUGCACGUACCAGUAUGCACUGGACUCUUAUCAGGGAUCUUCAAGAUGUGAAAUGUUCUGGGAUCUCUCAUUGAAUAUUCGCCCAUAUCGCUCAUUAGCUGAGAGCCUUCGGGAUUACAUUCAACCUCUCGGCGUUGAGGACAGCCACUUGCUCGGUAGAGGGCAGAGGGGGACCCAAGUGCCAACAAUCGAUCGGUUUCCACCUGUCCUUCAUCUCCAUCUCAAGCGAUAUGAAUACAAUCUGAAAGCUCCCAGAUUCGUCAAGGAUGACUCCUUAUGGGAGUUCCCAGAUGAAAUCGACUUGGCCCCUUUCCUAUCUUUUUCAGCGGACAAGUCGGAGCCCAGCAUCUACCGACUUUUCGCUGUCAUUACGCAUGAGGGUAAUGAAAAUGGAGGCGUCUACUAUGUGUAUUUGCGACCAACUGGGGACGGGCCGUUUGUCAAGUUCCAUGAUGAGCAAGUGACCCCUGCAUCUUCGGAGGAAGUUUUUGAUACCAACUUUGGGGAGGACUACGGGGACAUGUAUGGGGCAUCCAAGUCAGCAUACAUUCUAUUCUACUGCAGAGUCUCAAGGCUGCAGGAGCUUUUUGGGGAUAUUACAGAUGCAGAUCUUCCAUCUUCUGUUGGCUACUGGGCAUCCUCACAUAGGUGUCGCGGCUGA